AAACCGGAAAUAGCACCGGAAGUAGGACCUGAAUGUCAAACACUAGCAUGUUAGCAUGUUAGCAUCGCUGAGCUGCAGUCAACAUGUCUAGUCACUGUUUGUUCGGCCUUGCUUUAUUCACCAGACACUUUGCAAACAAUGCGCUACUAACGCUGCGCAGGAAUAACCCUUUAAACAAACUACAAGCCUGCGGAUAUGCGAAGAAAGUCGUGGCCAAAGGCAAAGGAAAAGGUUUGGUGAAGGAUGAGCUGAAAGGACCAGAAGUCUGCAACGACCCAGUGCGACUGACCACUUAUGCAGUGGGGGCCAACAUCUACAAGCAAGGAGAAGACCCCAAACUGAAGCCUCAUGAAGAAUACCCAGAGUGGCUCUUCCACAUCAACCUGGGACCUGCCUGCCAGCUUCACCAGCUGGAGGAAGACACCUGGGAGUACUGGAAGCGGCUCCGCAAGGAAAACAUUUGGCGCCAAAACAGAUUGAGGAAAGGGAAGAAGUUUUAGCGUCACCGGACUAGACUAGACUAGACUAGACUGGACUGGACUGGACUGGACUUCUGUAUCAUCUUGCUGAAUGAAGCCAACCGUCAAAUGUUGCUGACUUUGACGCAGUGAGUGGAUUUGUUGAAAAGGAGCCGUGAUUCAUUAAAGAUUGUUUUUUAUUGACCAUC